AUGGCGUUCUGCAACAAACUUAGUGGAUUUUUGAGACAAGGUGUUUCUCAGAGCUCAAAUGUUCCAGUGACUUCUAUGCUUGGCUCUCUCCGUUACAUGUCCACCAAGCUCUUUAUUGGUGGUCUAUCACCCGGAACUGACGACCAGUCCUUGAGGAACGCUUUCUCUAGCUUCAAUGGAGUCGCAGAGGCAAGAGUCAUGACAAACAAAGUGACUGGGAUGUCUAGAGGUUUUGGAUUUGUUAACUUCAUAAGUGAGGAUUCUGCCAAAUCUGCUAUUUCUGCUAUGGAUGGACAGGAGUUGAAUGGGUUUAACAUCCGUGUGAACGCUGCAAAAGAAUGGCCAAGUUUGCCAUUGUCUUUGGAUGAGGGUAUAGAAGAUGAGACGAAAGGCAAUAAGAUGGUGAGCCGAUCUGUAUGGAAAGAUCCAUUCGUUGAUGCAUUCUUGAUGAAGAAGAAAAAUGCAGCACUGAACAGGAAAAUAUGGUCACGGAGAUCGACAAUUCUACCAGAGUAUGUUGAUUCAUCUGUGAGAAUCUACAAUGGCAAAACUCAUGUGCGUUGUAAGAUCACAGAGGGGAAAGUUGGGCAUAAGUUUGGUGAGUUUGCGUUUACAAGAAAAGUGACGAAGCAUCCUAGAGCAAAGUAA